AUGCACACCGAAAUCGGCGCCAAUUAUUAUGCGCCGAGGCGCUCGAUUUCAACGGUGACGGGUCCGAAUCGGCGCGAAAUGGACGCAUUUUAUAGUCAGCAUUUUAGAAAUAAGAAGGAUGAGAUCUCUUUCGAUCCGAUACGCUUCUCUCCGCCGCACUUCACACCGCCGCCGUCGUUUCCGGAGCAGCCGAUGAAGCGCGGAUGCGUGCGAUUCGAUGAUCUCCAAUCACAUCCGCAGAAUAAUUUCAUGAUGACAAAUCCACAAGUGCCACCGAGAAAAUGUAGUCUUGCGCCCAACUUCUUCUCAUCCCAAAAUUCGCAUCACGUCUAUCCAGAUCAAUAUACACCACGCACAUGGCCACAUAAUGACAAUAUGGCUUCGUCGAUGCAACUGCAUCACCAACACCCGCAUAAUCAGCAUCAUCCGCCGCAGCGAAUGCAGGCAAGGAAUUACACGCCGAAUGGUCUAUCGCAUUGGGAGGGACCACACCAACCAACCCAGCAUCAGCCUCUCGCCAGCAUAAUGAAGAAGGUGCCGUCUCAACAUCCGUCUGUCCAAAUAAGGGUUGAGCACUCUGCGGACAACAGCUUCCUUCAACCAUCGAACAACGCCGACUUUCGUCCGAUGCCCAAUAUGCUCUCGCCAAUGAAGAUGGAUAUUGAUGAGGAAAUUGGGGGUCCGAGCGCGAAAUUGUCAACAUCAUUUCUGAUUUCGCCGUUGAGCGGACAGCCGAUUGGCGAGAACCAACACAAACGAUCGCAUCCGAAUGUUCCAUCGCGUAAGGCGUCGAUAAUGGCGCUCAAAAGCCAACUUCGAAAUCCACGCGGGCAUCAAGUACACAAAACAUCGCAGGGUGAGAUUCCCUAUACGCCGCCGCCCAUAUUGGCACCAAUGCGGAACGGUUCCGGACUCUUCUGCUCGAUUGCCAAAUCAAUCACGAAUCAUCAAAACUCGGAGAUUUCCGAUGGUCCAAGUUGUAGUGGCGGCGAUCAGCGCAAUUCGAAAAUGUUGAUGAACGGCAAGAAGAAGAGCGAUGAUGGGAGUGAUGGGCCGUCGAGGAAGAAUGGGUUCACCUACAUGGCGCAGCAGAUCAAUCAGCCGAAUUUCGCCGACGAGCUCGAGGCGCUCCGCAAAGAGUCAUGGGCGUCGACGUCGUCGCAAGAGGAUCGCCCGAUUCGCAAGAAGUCGAUCGAUCCGGAAUACAUUCGCAAAAUCUCGUGCAUGUCGGACACCUAUUACGACAUGCCUCAAGCCGACGGGCCGCACGUCAGCGAUCCGAACCCGCACAUCAAUGUUGGUCGAGAGUAUCAAGCGCGUGUGCGAAAAUGGAACGAGCGCGAGGUUCAUCCAAGCGAACUCGACGCCAUUGAAGACCGAGACGAGAUCGUGUUCUCAUCGUCGAUUUUGGACGACAUCGAUCCCGACCAGAUAACCGCGUUCGAGCUUCUCGCGUGCAGCCAAGCGUGCCCGCGCGCCGGCCGCAACAAGGAGCUGGCGUUGCAUCUGCUCAUGGAGAACAAGGGCAACAUCGAUGCGGCCGUCGAGGAUCUCCUCCGUUGCGACACGCUCGACUGGGAGCACUACUCGAUCGUCUUCGGAUAUUUGUACAAUGAUUCGGUGUUGUGGACGCCCGAAGAAGUCUAUCAAUUCCAGGACGCCAUCUACAAAUCGGAGAAGGAUUUCGACAAAGUCGCCCAAGAGCUGCCUGGCAAAACUAUCAAAGAAUGCGUUCAAUUUUAUUACACAUGGAAGAAGACUUGUCCUGACGACUACCGGAAGUUGAGGAACCUUCGACGGAAGCGAAGAUUGCUCGAGAUGAAUCUUCAGGCAAUGGAGGAUGAUCCGAUUCCGAUGAAGAAGUGCUCACUUCAAGAAUCGGUUGAGUCCGACGCCGAGUCCGACACGACGACGCAUUCGGUCAACGCGCCAUCCGCCGAAUUUCGCGAUCGUUCAUUCACAUCGCCAAUCAUUUCGUCGCCGCGCGCCUCACCAUUGGUGACCGGAUCGCCAAUGGCGAAAGAUUUUUCUGGAAUUCAAAAGAAUUACCAACCGUUGGCGCCACGUCAUCAUUCGACGAACGCGACGAGCAAAAAAGGUGCUCAGCCAAGCGCCGACGGCUUCUUCCAUUGUCGACUCUGCGAUAAAUGCUUCGAGAAGGUCAAAUCGUUGAAUGCUCACAUGAAGUCGCACGCGAUGAAAGCUCGCGCCGAGCAAGAAGCCAAAGCUCAUGAUGCUCAAAUGGCCGCCGCCGCUGCUCAAUUGGUUAAUGUUGUGAGCACCUCGCCAUCGCCACUGAAUCCAUUCGCCAACAGUCUCGGCAUCACGAUUCCAUCGUCGAUUGGGAAUCUGACGCCGCAACAAUUGUGCAUUAAUCAACAACUCCAGAGUCAAUUGAGCAAUUUGAGCAGUCAGCUGAACUCGCCGAUGACACCGCAACAGCAGCUGCAGCUCUCGCAGCAGCAGCUUGUCGCCAGAGCAAUGCAACAGAGCAUGUUACAGCAAGCUCAACAGCCGACGACGUCGGCGACGAUGGGAAUUGUGCCGCAAUCGCAGUGUCCGCUCCUUCAGACUGGUUUGCACUCGAUUCAUUAG